CAAUAUGCAGCUUAUGCUCUGCCUGGAAGCGAGGUGUCUUCAGACAUAUGCAACUGUGGUCCUCAGUCAAGCGCAUGCCCGUCUGGACCACCUGGGCCACCUGGACAACGAGGUUUGGACGGAGAGCCUGGCUACGCUGGACUACCUGGGCAACGCGGAGCAAAUGGAGUGGUUUUAGGGACGUACCGACAGGACAUGCCGGGCUGUAUUCGUUGUCCUAUGGGGCCACCUGGCCCACAGGGGAUGAUGGGUUAUCCAGGAGAACAAGGUCCAAUGGGACCACCUGGACUACCCGGUCAGUCCUCUUACAUAGGAGAACCUGGACCGCCUGGGUCUAUGGGUGAUCGUGGAGGCAUGGGUCAACCGGGGCAGAUGGGUGCGCCUGGCAAUCCUGGUCGUUCGUUCACAGUGCAGAUUGGAAGCCGGGGCCCGAAGGGACUUCCUGGCAGACCUGGAGCGCCUGGCCAACCUGGUGCUAAUGGUUACCGACCUUCUCAAGGACCUCCCGGACCUAUGGGAGCGAUGGGCCCACCAGGCAAAGUGGGUCCUCCAGGACCAGAAGGAGCUCCCGGCUAUGCUGGAGUGCCCGGAGAGCCUGGAGAGGACGGAGAGUAUUGUCCAUGCCCUCCAAAAAGUGCAGGGAUAGAUAGAUAUCAGCCCAUGCCAAAUUAUCAAACAGUCUCACCCGCUGCUUAUCAAUCAAUCAAGACACCACCCUACCAAGUGAAUGUGCCUUCACCAUCUUACCGGAUUGAAUCUCCAUCAAGUUACAAUUACGGUGCACCGGGGCCGCAAUCAAGCAAGUAUGGCAUAAGUGCAUUCACUUCUAAUGUUGGGCCUCAUAGCGGAUAUGCUCCUGAGACGCAGUCAGAGUAUAGAAGAAGAGUGGUAGCGCGGAUGCUGCGAAGGCGACGGCUUCUGUCUCAGAAGAAACAAAAGUUUUGA